AUGUUGAUUGCACCUCUUCUCAUACUUCUCCACAUUGGGCCAAGUUGCCAACUGCAAAGCAAUCAUUAUUACCCACCAACGGAUCAUACUCUCGGGGAUGAUGAAAUUGUCAAACGAGGAGUGCAAGAGUUGCACGAUAUUGAUGGAGCCACCGACUUGAGUGAGUGUUUGAAAUGCAAGACUCGGUUACAAGUGGGUAAGUUCUUGGCCUUGACAAGACCCGACUUGGUUCCACACGUGUUUUCCACUUGGUGUGUUGAUCUGCAUCAUGAAGAAGUACAAUGCCAUAUGAACUAUGGCUAUCCUGAUGACGCAUACUCUGCAACUGGUAACGACUUCACCAAGAUGGUUAGCUUAAUGAAUCCCUCGGGAUUGGACGGUGACUAUUUCUGUUAUUAUCAUGAUAAAAAUUGCCACAUUUUGCCCGAAACACCACAGGUGGAUAUGAGUAAUAUGUGGCCACCUAAGCCGAGAAACUACCUACCUCCAGACAGCAGUGGCGAAGUUUUCCAUGUCUUGCAUAUCAGCGAUAUCAAUUUGCAAUUGGAUUAUCAAGUGUUUGCUGAAGCAAACUGUACUCAAAGUUUGUGCUGCGUACCACAAAGUCGGAAUUUUUUACAUCAAGCUCCAUCAGUCAAUGAAAUUAGUGAUACGGAUGGAUAUUACGAUAGCAGUUACAGCAAGAACCAUUUCGAAAAGGGAAGAUAUUUGGAUAUCACCAAGAUCAAAAAGCCCACGUGGUCUCCGGCAAGACAGUUUGGAGAGUAUACUUGCGACACACCAACAUUGCUACUCAACAGUACUAUGCAAUGCAUCCGUGAUUUGCACCAAAACCAUUUAUCAUUUGAGUUCGCCAUCUUCACUGGUGGAACUGUUGACCACUCCGACAGAAGUUUUAUGACCAAGGAUAAAAUCAUCAAGUCUCAAGAAACAAGUUACAAGAUUCUCAAACAUUACUUGGACAAUGUUGACGUGAUCCCCACUUUUGGAACGCGUGACAUUUUCCCCAUGAAUCAAUUGCCUCAAAAAAACUUGAGUGUCAAUUCCAAUGCCUAUCAAUGGCAAUUUGAUUUGUUGGCUGAUAUCUGGCUGGAGUUGGGAUGGAUUGACCACGACACCGCCAAGCAGAUUAGAUAUUCACAAACCGGGUUUUCAUUGAAAACAUCACUCGGGUUGAAGAUUAUAUCGUUAAAUUCCAAUGUUUGGAAUGUUAAAAACUUGUAUGCCUUUUGGGACGUAUUGAAUGUGGAUUCAUAUGAAGUUUGGAAAUUCCUCAUCAAUGAGUUGCUUGAGUCAGAACGAAAUCAUGAACGAGUUUGGAUUAUUGCUCAUUUACCACCAAACCAUCAGUCACUUGCACUACCUACCAAAGUAUUCACACAAAUUAUUGCCCGGUUCUCACCAAAAGUCAUCGCUGCCAUAUUUUUUGGGUGUAUACAAUUGGACUCAUUUAUUGUUCAGUAUGGUGGAGACGGCACCAAUGAGCGUGAAUUGCAAAAUGCAUUUAACCAUGCAUUAAUUGGUCCGCUGGUCAGCCCCUACGGUGGAGUCAAUCCAGCUUGGCGAUACUAUGCUGUUGACAAGCAAAGUUUCAGUAUAGUCAACUCCUUCACGUAUUACACCAAGCUUUCCAAUUGUUUCCAUAAUGACGGGGCUGAACCUAAUUGGGAUUUUGCAUAUUCUGCAAGAGAUGUUUAUGAUCCUGAGCAGUUGUGGCCGCUGGAUUGGAGUUUGAGCACGGAGUGGUGGCACCACGUUGGGAACAGGAUUGCAACUAAUCCUGAAUUGGAGCUAUUGUACCAGCGGUUGGACACAAGAUGGUCCCCAUACACGUUUAUUGACAAAGAUAGUCAUUGCAAAGUUACCAGUUUUUCUCUUGAAGGUAGAAAACAGUGCAUGAUUACUGAGGACCAGGAUGACUACGUUGAGCCUGAGGAACCGAAUGAUUACAUCCCCAUAAUUCACGUUGCUGAAAAAUCCGUUGAGUAUGUUGAAGCUGAGCCACAUGACGAGUGUGAUUCGAAAGGGGAAGAGGCAGAGGUAGAGGAGGGAAAGGAAGAUAAACGAGGAAAAAAUUACGCUGACUGGGAUGACUGUAUUGAAGAGGAGAAUAAUUCAACUACGACUUCAGUAACUGGUACCGCUGGAACAUCAGUGUCUCCCACAGCUAAAUCUAUUGCACCUACCCCUAAAGCUAAAAAUCAAAAGGUGAAAGGCAAAUCGCUCCACUUAAGGGAGAAAUUGAACAAGAAUGUCAAUUACGCUAAACAGCGUGUUAUUCAAUUAUGA